AUGGAAGACUGGAUUCGCAGCCCUGCACGGAAACGGGCUCGAAGAUCAGAGAAUCCGCCGACUUCAUAUUCUCCAAACGAAGAAUCUGACUCCAAAUCGGAAGUCGACAGCAAUGAGCCAAGUCUCUUGAGUACCGAAGUUAUCGAGGAUACGCGGGAUGAGAAUGAAAACAGCCACCAAUCAAGCCAACCAACUGAGCUGGAAACCUGCCUACCCCCUAUAAAAACAUAUCAACAGGCAAUUGAUGAGUACGAAGCAUCCAAAGCAUCUGACCUGCCUGAAUCGAAAAACUUCGGUUUACAAGAAAGAUAUGAAAAUCGAUCGUGGAUAAAAGGGAGAAGUUCCAUUUACGUGGAUGCUUUCAAUCUUGCCCUACAAUGCGUGCUAGACGAGGAAGUCCAUUUGUUUGAUUCGAAAGAGAUGGCUUUGUUUGAUCACUGGAAAGCGCUACCUUAUGAGUCUCAGUACCUAAUCUGUGGCUUUGAAAUUUAUUCGCCUAUCGCGUAUCCUGGGAGCGGUGAAAUCGUAAUUAUUGAUUGGUUUCAGACGUCCGCUUGGCACCGUGUUAAUCGACUCGGUUAUUACCACGACAUUGGAGAUAUGCAGUCUGCUAUUGUAGACUUAAGAGAAGUCAGGCCUCUACCAACAUGUCAAGAAGACGCAAAUGCGAUGGGAAUCGAGCCGCAGAGUGCGCUUCUUGGCGAUGUGUUUCAGUUUGCUGAAGGCAUAGGAGAGAUAACAUGUUUGGAAGAGGCAUCUUCAUUAUUGCUUCUAGACGAGUUGAAGGUAUUAGCCAAAGAGGCUAGAGUUCAAGGUAAAAACAAGAAGGAAUUGUUAAAAGCUCUCCGUGAAGCUGGCAGCAGUCAGACUGGAUUGGCGUGGCUUCGUUCGUCUGACCUAAAAAAUGGCAACGAUAUUGGCGGCGCAGAAUUGAGCCCUUCGAAACAAACCACUACCGAUGCGUUCCUGACAAAAAAGAUUUUGAACCAUACUGGUGACUGUAUCAGACUUUCCUCUGCACCCUUAAAAUUAUUUGAACGCGUACAUUUGGUUUUUUAUCGGUCCACGGAGUGGACCGAGAAAUCCUUGACUUCAAUAAUCCUAGCUAAGAUAUCCCGGAGGAACUAUCCAGAGUAUAUCGUCUCACGGACUAAUGGUAUAUUUCCAACGAGAUCCGCGCUUCUUGAAUUCGAAACUGCAAUCCGAAUUCAAUUUGAUCUAGACAAUGCCAUGGAAUCUAGCAAUCUCGCGACGUCAGAGAAACUACAAAUGAUCAAAGAUUUGUCAGAGAGCGUAUACCCCAGAUGGAAGACCUUACUUGAAGAAGAAAAGCUGAAGCAGGGCCAAGAGUAUGACCCUGGCGAGAUUGCAUAUCUCCGACGUUUCUCCCCGGCUUGGGUUUAUACGCGGAUCGUCCACAAAGGACUCUACGCCUUGGGCCGGUUUAAGGACUACAACAAGGAACAUGAACACCUGACCGAACUUUUAGAGCAGCGGUUUUUUCACCCUUCACGUCGGGGAGGCUGGUAUCAGCGUAAAGCGCUACUUGAAGAGCAUUACAUGUGGAGUCUAACACCUUCAGAGGGUCGCUCAGAAGACGCUCAGAAAAAGAAAUGGAAACGAGUUGCUCUUAGAACCUGCGAGCAAGGCCUUGAAGAUCCUGAGUGUCAUCUCGUCUACCAUUACGACUUGCAAAAACGAAUAAUAAAACUUGAAAGAUCGUUGAACAUCGCAAAACGUGAGCAGCAUGACUUUAGUCAUGUUAUGUUGAGCAAACCGGAAGAAAGGACUAUAGAAGGUAUUCGCGUGGAAAAAGCUCCCCUUAUCAAGCCUGCUUCGAAAACCAAUGGAAAUCCUGGGGCUUCGGCCAGAGGUCGACCUACGGUCUGGAUAGAUGAAAGGGAAUAUAACGUUGAAUGCAGGGUCGAAAGUAUGUGUCUAAGUUGGUAUCGGGAUCAUGGAUGGAAGGGGUAUCACUGUGAAGGCGGCAUUCUCCGUACUCUGUUUGGACUUUUGUGCUACGACAUGAUUUUCACCUACGUUCCUUGCGUUUUUCAGACUCCUUUCCAGACUUGCCCUCUCGAUCUCCACACCGAUUCGUUUUAUUCCCCUCGAAUCUCCGAAAUCAAUCACCGUUUGGCGCAAAUAUCGAAUGGCGAGGCUGAAUCAAUACUCCGGCGAGUUUAUGAGCGAGAAUCCGAAAGGCAAACCUGCGCGAUUGGUAUCGAUUGGUCUUUCGAACUUGAUGAUCUCGUUGAAAUUGUUGGAUGUUUUCGUGGUGAGGCGCUCGCGACGAUAUGUAGAGUCAUGGCACAGGAAUAUCAGCAACGAGGCGGAGGGGUCCCAGAUCUUUUCCUUUGGAGUACAGAGAAGAGCGAAGUUAUGUUUGUUGAGGUGAAGUCGCCUAAUGACCGGCUUAGUGAUUCCCAGAGACUUUGGAUACACGUCUUAACGGGAGCAGGGAUCAAAGUUGAGCUGUGCAAUGCUGUUGCGAAGGAGGUCAGAUACCUCCAAUAG